AAUCCGCAAAACCCUAGCAACUUCACUCACACACAGUUCUCUCCAUCUUACAGCUCUUCGUAUUUUGCUCGCUCACAGUACGAAGAACAGCGGAUAACAACAAUGGCGUCCAGCGAUCAAACAGUGUUGCAAUUUUUGCCAUCAUCAGCAAGCUUAUCGGCUAAAGUUCAUCCUUUGGUCAUUUUCAACAUCUGUGAUUGCUUUGUGAGGCGCCCUGACCAAGCCGAGCGUAUCAUAGGCACUCUUCUCGGUUCUGUAUUACCUGAUGGUACUGUUGACGUUAGGAAUUGUUAUGCCGUUCCGCACAGCGAGUCUCAAGAUCAGGUUGCACUGGAUAUUGAUUACCAUCAUAACAUGUUAUCGUCUCAUCAGAAGGUGAAUCCAAAGGAAGUGAUUGUUGGAUGGUUUUCUACUGGUUUUGGAGUCUCUGGUGGUAGCGCUUUGAUCCAAGAGUUUUAUUCUAGAGAAACUUCAAAUCCUAUACAUUUGACUGUUGAUACUGGAUUUCAAAAUGGGGAAGCUUCAAUAAAAGGCUUUGUCUCUGUGCAUUUGUCUCUUGGAGAUCAGCCACUUGCUGCUCAAUUCCAGGAAAUUCCAUUGGAUCUAUGCAUGGUUGAAGCUGAAAGGGUUGGAUUUGAUAUGCUCAAGACAACAACUGUGGACAAACUUCCCAAUGAUCUUGAAGGAAUGGAAGCAUCAAUGGAGCGAUUACUUGCUCUUAUUGAUGAUGUCCACAAAUAUGUUGAUGAUGUCGUGGAAGGACGUGUACCCCAGGAUAACAAAACAGGAAGAUUCAUUGCUGAUACCAUGGCUACAAUUCCUAAACUCUCACCCCAAGCCUUUGAUAAGCUUGUGAAUGAUGGUCUUCAGGAUCAAUUGCUUUUGCUGUAUUUGGCAAGCCUCACGAGGACUCAACUCAGCUUUGCAGAGAAGUUGAAUACUGCUGCUCAGAUUCUGUGAUUGAUGAUGAUUUCAUUCUCGUAAUGCAAGGCCAGAUUUUUGACCGGGUGACUGAAUGGUCUGACUUUUCUCUUCGCGAUCAAUCGUCUUGAUAGACGAGUCUCAUGGGUUUCAAGUAUUGGCUCAGAGUACUCAAUAGGUUAGAGGUCAGAGGUGUAAGGAUACAUAAUUUUCCAUCUUUUUGUAAUCGUCUUUCAUGGCAUUAACAGUUGUUAAUUGAAAAUGUCCAGGACCUUUGACAGCUCCAGUUCGAUUUUUUUUUUCCCAAACAGAAAAUAGUAAA